AUGCACAAGAUACCCUCGGUUGCCCAUGAAUUUCUGAACCGUUUCAAAUCAAGCAUUCAGUACAAGGAGCAUGAGCUUGAAAUCCCAGUACCAAUGCUGAGGCUGACCUGCGCUAUGAUCAAGCUGUCCCUCGAUGCUUGGGCCGAGGGGGAUGGCACGGACCCAGAUAGUUUUAACAUCACCGAGUGCGAGAAACAAUAUGACGCUGUACUCAAACUCAUUGAGGACACUCGAAAGAGAAGUGAGCAGACUUGUCAUUGCAUCCUGCACAAUGUCUACCUCGCUGUUACUGGCGCUGUGCCGACGGUCCCUGCAGCGGCUGAUGAACCUGCUCAUCCAGAGGCUGUAUCAUGA